AUGAAAAACGGAACGUUAAACACCCAAACACCCCUCAAACAUGGGAUAAUCUCAGAACCAACACUAGUAAAUACAUGAUGACGUUUAGCGACUUCCCUCCUUUAGCGGAAGACACGCCAUAUUUUACCACUCAAGCCAUUCAUGACUACUACAAGAGAUACGCCAAGGCACAUAACCUUUUACAGUGUAUUCAGUUUGAUACAAGAGUAGUGAAGAUCCGCAAGACAAGUGACCACGAGAAAACUGGCCAAUGGGAGGUGUUUUCAUGUCCUGCAAGUGGGUGUAGUCCUGAUGACGUCAGUACUGAAAACAAAUCUAAAGACAUUGAUCUGGACAAAUGCAAGAAAAGUGUCUUUGAUUUUGUUCUCGUUUGUACUGGCUUUUUCAAAUCUCCAGUGUACCCAUCCAUCCCUGGCCUCGAAACUUUUACAGGAACUGUCCAACAUUCUUUCGACUACACAAGCAGCUCUCAGUAUAAGAAUAAAACUGUUCUGGUUGUUGGUAAUUCCUUCUCUGCUGGUGAUAUCAGCUAUGAUAUCUCCACUCAAGCUAAACAGGUUCACCUAAUGUUACGACAAGGUACAUGGAUUGUGCCCAGGAUACUAUCAGGUGGGCGGCCUUUCGAUAACUGCAAAAGACGAUGCGACAUGUAUUCACGAAACCCUGAGAAAAUCAUCAACAGAAUCUUAAUACACGAGGCUCAAGAUAAGAUAGACCACGUGACUAGUGGAAUUUGCCCAGACCAGCCUCCAUCAGUUUCUGCAUGGAUGAUUGGUGAUGGCAUUUAUACUGCCUUGAUGUCGGGUCAAAUAAAAACUUACGGUCAUCUUGCAAGAAUCGAUGGGUGCGAUGCUGUUUUCCAGGACGGGACACGAGUGACGGGCCUUGAUGCGAUUGUUCUUUGCACUGGUUACGAGCCUGAUUAUCCUUUCUUUGAUCAGGGCAUCAUUCAAGAAUUUGAUAAAAUGGGGCUUUUUAAAAUGGUGUUCCCAAUUGUUGAAGAGAAACACACUCUAGGUUUUAUCGGAGCCUUUGCUGGAGUAGGUGCAAUCGCUCCAGUGUGCGAGUUGCAGAGCCGGUAUAGUGCUAAAAUAUUUGCGGGAAAACUAACGCUUCCUCCUGUUGAUGUCAUGAGGGCCGAUGUCCAAUUCUGGACAUUCGUGUGUAGUCGUAAUCGAAACAGGAAAUACUAUUAUUAUCUGCCAUGUUUUGAGUUCCAAGACACAAUAGCCAAGCUUCUGGGUGUAUUCCCUGGUUUCUGGAGACUGCUCAUCCUUGACCCAGUUCUGGCCUACAGAUGCUGGUAUGGUCCUAUGUUCUCAGCACAGUAUCGUCUGCUUGGACCAGACAGCAACUGGAAGCAAGCACGUGCCAUCUGUAACACAGCUUACACUGAGGGUUGUCUCUCUUUGAGACACAGUAAACUACCAAGGGAUGGAAUAACAAGUCCCAAGGGAAAUUAAAAUGUUUCACUUUUGUAGUUAGUCAGUGUUCAACUCUGAAUUGAUUGUUUUCUACAUAUAGUAUUUCAUUGCAACUGGCGUAACUUAACCUUCCUCCACCCCCCCCCCCCCCACAAACACAAAUGUUUUUAAAAUUCCUUUUUUUGACCUUGAUACACAUAUAUGUAAUGAGUUCGUUUUUUUUCGUGAGCUCGAUUGUAAUGUUAUAUGUUUUGUACCUUGCUAUUUUACAAAUUGGUUUUAAUUUGAUUAGUUAUUAUUUAUCUAAUUAUUAUCCCGAUGGUUGGGGGAGAGGGGGAGAGGGGGGGAGUUGCCUUCUGUUUGCGGACGGAUCAAAACAACACUUUUAGAUCAACCAAAUCAGAAAGUCUGUAGUAAAUAAAUACAUAAACCUAGCUCUCAAUCUGCUUCCUAUCGAGUAACAUUUUCAUACAUUUAUUUCAAUAAAGCUUAUUCCAUAUGUAUGUCUAGUUUUUUAAUUUUUUUCUAUUCACAAAAACAAUCUUAAAUACUUAUUCUUAAACACACCAAUGACCUAACGACUAAAUAAACAGACAUUUAAGAGUAAACUAAAAAAGUAAAGUAGUUUUAUAGAUUCUGAAAUUACUAUAUGAAAUUAUUUUGGAAACUUAAAUAACUGAAUCAAUCAAAUGGGUAUUUACAAAACAUUUUUCUUUAAAUGGAUCUUCUAGUUUUUUUUCCCUAGUAUUUAACAAUUAUAAGUUAGGUUAUCUAAAUACAUGUCUAUUGGGUGUUCUUCUACAGAAUACAAGAUUUUAAAAAUUAUUAGAAGCCAAAGCAUACUAACCGUUUAAAAAAACACUGUUUAACUAUUUUUUUGUACUUCAACUAGCCAUAUCGAAUGUAACCAAAUAUAAGUACUAUUUACAAACUAUAAAUACGAUAAA